AUGGCAAUAGUGAUGGAGACCACUGAAGCCCAGCUCAAGGAAGUGAGUCCUUUUCUCAGUGCAGAUGCAACUGAAGCAGAUGCUGACAGGCAAAAUAUCAAUAGAAAGCAUCAGAAUAUAGGUCCUGAUGGAGAGAAGGCCUGGCCAAGUAAAUACCCAUUUUGUGCAGGAGUAUUCCAAUCACCAAUUGAUUUCCAUGAAGAUAUUCUCCAGUAUGAUUCUAACCUCGUGCCUUUAGAAUUCAUAGGCUAUAACGUGCCCUCCACUGACCAGUUUACAUUGACCAAUAAUGGCCAUUCAGUGAAAAUGUAUCUGUCACCUGCUAUGUCCAUCAGAAACCUCCCGUUUGAAUACACUGCAUCUCAGCUUCACAUGCACUGGGGAAACAGAAACAAGUCUGAGGGCUCUGAGCACACUGUCAGUGGGAAGCACUUUGCAGCAGAGCUGCAUAUUGUACAUUACAACUCUGAGAAAUACCCAGAUGUAACAGCAGCAAUGGACAAAGCUGAUGGACUGGCUGUUUUGGCUGUUCUCCUGGAGAUUGGACCCUUCAACCCAUCCUAUGAAAAGAUCUUCAGGCACUUCCAGAGCGUGAGAUACAAGGAUCAGAAAGUCCUGGUCCCUGGUUUCAAUAUUCAAGAGCUGCUUCCUGACAGGCUGGAUGAGUACUAUCGCUAUGAAGGAUCCCUGACAACCCCUCCCUGCUACCCGAGCGUCCUCUGGACAGUUUUCCGACACCCCGUUAAAAUUUCUCAGGAGCAGUUACUGGCACUGGAAACAGCCAUGUACUGCACAGAGAGUGAUGACCCAGAACCCUUGGAAAUGGUUGAUAACUUCAGAAACGUUCAGGAAUUCCAUGAAAGACUGGUUUUUAUCUCCUUCCAUGAAGGUUUUGUGGUUUCUGUUGUGAUAGCCUGCAAUCUGGGAGUUCUCAUCAUUCUUGUAGUAGCCUUCUGGCUACUGAAGAAGAAAAGCAAAAAGGGAGGUGAAGACAACAGAGGAGUCAUCUACAAACCAGGCAUGUACAAGGAGGAAGAAGAUAUCUCCAAAAUGUGAUGCCCUGCUCUGUCACAAAAGCCCCUUUUCGGUCUUAGCACUUAUUUAUUUUGGAUUGGUGAAACGCAUCUUUUAUUCUUGAUUAAUGACAACCCUCAAGAGAGCUCUAAUCCAGCCAAAACUUUUCUGUAGCCCUUGUCCUCUUGUUUUCCAGAGAGUUAUGAUCAGUGAAUCCCCCUGAGCUGCAUUCCUCACCACAUUCUUUUCAUGUCUGCUGCUUACUGAGUCUGGGUGUUUUAAUUGAUUUUACAGUAAAUCCUAAACUCCAGUUUUAUGGUUUGUUUAGCACAGGUAUUCAAAUCUGAAGACACUCAUCAAGCUACAAGUGUUCUUCCCAGCUAAAACAAGGUGUUGGUUUUAGCAGCAUGUAUAUCAACAAGAUAAAGGGCAAACUGU